AUGAUACAAGAGUCAUUAGCAGAGCUCAGUCGGUCGGACGCUGCGACUUAACAUACGCGAACUACGGUGCGAGAAUAAACAAUGAGAGCUAAGUUUUUGCUGUUCAUUUUCCUCGUUCUCGCUUUCCGCUGUGAUGGACAUUUGCUGGACGCUCUAGCGAAGACGCACGAUAGUCUCCACACCACUGUGCAGGAUGUGGCCGGAAGUAUCCUCGGGGGCUUCGGCAUUUUCAACAAGCCACCACCGAAGAAGGAAACGGUAGUAGUGAUUUACGAUAACUCCAGGCCUCCGCCCCCCGGGCCGAGGCCCCCACCCAACGGGUCCCGCCCGCCCCCGCACCACCACCGCCCCGGGCCCCCCGCACCGUCAAGACCGCCGCACGGUAAUUACAACAACGGCUACAAUACCGACCAGUACGACAGACCGAAUCAAGACUACAACCCGAACAAUAACUAUCAGAAUAACGAUUACUACGACCGACCAAAUCAAGGCAAUAGACCAAAUUACAACAGCAACGGUAGGCCCAACCAGGGAAAUCAUUAUGGAAACAAUGAUUACUACGACGGACACAAUCAAGGUAACAACGAUUACAAUAAUCAAAACAACAACGGACGACCUAACCAAAACGGUAGACCGAACGACUACAACGGCCAAAACCAAGGAAACGGUCAGUGGGAUCUAAACAACGGUAGCAACCAGGGAAACAACGACAAUUACAAUAAUGAAAACAACAACGGACGACCUAACCAUAACGGUAGACCGAACAACAACGAUGGUCAAAACCAAGGAAACAACAACGGACGACCUGGCCAAAACGGUAGACCGAACAACAACGAUGGUCAAAAUCAAGGAAACGGGCAGUGGGAUCUAAACAACGGUAGCAAUCAGGGAAACAAAGACAAUCACAAUAACCAAAACAACAACGAAAGGCCCAAUCAAAAUCAAGGACAGUGGGAGAACAACGGAAACAACAACCAAAACAAUCAGAACCAGCCCGACAAUAAUUAUAACCAAAACAUGCAGAAACCGAUUGAGCCUCAAACGACUGCAGCACCGAUAUUCACGACCAAGGAACCGAAACCCACUGAGGAUGCUGGAACGAAACCGACCAAGAAGCCGGAUCCCGUCGAUGAUUUCCCCUGGUUUGUUCCGCUUAAUCCGAACGACAUAGAUCUUGACAAAACAGUCAACGAUUCGCCCAAACGAGAAGCUGACAGUGCCAACACAAAACCCUCGGAUGGAGAGGAUGAGGCUUUUGAUAUAGACAUAAGAGUAAAAGAUUAGGAAACUCAACAAUGCACUUUUGUGUUGUCCCUUCAUCUUGUCAUCAUGCAAUAAUGUUUAUUUUUAAUCAGCGGAGUCGUUUUAAUAAUAAAGGUAGGUACAUAAUGCUAUAUUUUAUAGCUCGUAUUCAUGUAUUAUA